AUGGCGGCACAACAGGCAGCUGAUGCUGUCAAGGACGGCGUCCAAGCUGUCGCGGACAAGGUCAGCGAGUUGACGACCUCGGACAACACCACCCAGCCCAACCUUUUGAAGGAUGAAGUCACGGGCGGGAUGGUCUCCAAGACCGAGUUGAAGAAGCGCCAGAAGGCCCGCGAGAAGGAGGCCAAGAAGGCAGAGGCGGCUGCUUCCAAGCAAGCUCCUCCAGCACCGAAGCGCAAGGCCGCCGACGACGAGGCACAGCUCAAUCCUAAUCAAUACUUCGAGAUUCGCUCUCGCGCCGUCAAGCGUAUGAAGGAGACCAACGACCCCAAUCCUUACCCUCACAAGUUCCAUGUCACCUACGACCUCCGCAACUUCGAGAAGGAGUUUGGCCAUCUGAAGAAGGGCGAGUUUAUCAAGGACAAGACUAUAAGCGUGGGAGCUCGUGUCUACAACAUUCGCACGUCAGGCGAGAACCUGCGCUUCUAUGAGGUCAGCGUCAAUGGCGCCGAUAUCCAGAUCAUGGCCCAGAACUUCGAGAACACCAGCGAGGUACCCUUUGCCAAGCAGCAUGAUAUUCUUCGACGAGGAGACAUCAUUGGUGUCACUGGAUACCCCGGCCGUACCAACCCAAAGAGAGAGGACAACCCUGGUGAGCUGUCCAUCUUCGCGCAGGAGGUCAUUCUCCUCGCGCCAUGUCUUCACCAGAUCCCAUCUGAGCACUACGGCUUCACCGACCAGGAACAGCGAUACCGCAACCGCCACUUGGACAUGAUCAUGAACAAGAGCACCAUCAACACGUUCAAGACUCGUUCACUCAUCACGAGGUACAUUCGACGCUACUUUGACGACAACGACUUCUACGAGAUCGAAACCCCCAUCCUCAUGGGCUCUGCAGGAGGUGCUACCGCUAUGCCAUUCUUCACCCAUCACAAUGAACUGGACAUGACCCUCGCGCUCCGUAUCGCAACUGAACUGCCGUUGAAGCAGCUUGUCAUUGGCGGUAUCAGCAAGGUCUACGAGCUUGGUCGUCAGUUCCGUAAUGAGGGUAUCGAUCUCACUCACAACCCUGAAUUCACCACCUGUGAGUACUACGAGGCGUUUGCCGAUGUCAACGAUGUCAUGGCCCGUACCGAAGAGCUUGUCACCGGUAUUGUCAAGUACGUCACUGGCGGUCUCAACACCACUUUCAAGACCCAGCAUGGCGAGGAAUACAAGGUCAACUGGGCUGGUCCGUGGAAGAAGGUGGAGAUGAUCCCUGCACUUGAGGAGGCAUGCGGCGAGAAGUUCCCACCUGGCGACCAACUUCACACCCAAGAGACCAACGAGUUCCUCAAGCGCAUGCUCAAGAAGACUGGCGUCGAGUGCGCGCCACCUCUGACCAAUGCCCGCAUGAUUGACAAGAUGGUCGGCGAGUUCAUCGAAGAGAAGUGCAUCGACCCCACCUUCAUCACCGGCCACCCCCAGAUGAUGUCGCCGCUCGCGAAGUACCAUCGCUCCCAGACUGGUCUGUGCGAACGUUUCGAAGCCUUCGUCUGCAAGAAGGAGAUCAUCAACGCCUACACCGAGUUGAACGACCCCUUCGACCAGCGUCUCCGAUUCGAAGAGCAAGCCCGCCAGAAGGCCCAAGGAGAUGAUGAAGCUCAACCACUCGACGAAGGCUUCCUCAAGGCCAUGGAGUACGGUCUCCCGCCAACUGGUGGAUGGGGUAUGGGCAUCGAUCGAUUGACCAUGUUCUUGACCAACAACUACAGCAUCAAGGAAGUUCUGGCGUUCCCGUUCAUGAAGCCUGAGGGGCAUGCGAGUGAGCAGCCCAAGGCGGCGGAAGUCGCUGGUGUUGAGCCUGUGCCGGAGGAGGGGAUUCCUCAUAAAUAG